CGUCGUUCAGUGACGUCACUGAUUCUGCGACAGAACACUACGUAAUUAGCAUGUUGCAAAAAUACAGUAGCUUUUUUUAAACGUAAUUUGAUUGUUCUACUGAAGGCGAGUUACCAAUGACGAGAAUGUGACUAAAUGUCAGUUUUGCCGUGGGACGACGAGAGAAGAUGGUCUGAGAUUUGUAGCGUAAUGGAGACGUGGACUCCUAACCCCCGAGCGAAACCAUUCAUACCCCGCCAGCAAAGAAGCUUGUACCUCACUUAUAAAUACAAAUUGUGCAAUAAGAGGGCUAUUCGUCGGCUCUGUCAGGCUGGCGCUGUACUGUUUCUACUGAUAACUGUCAUAGUCAAUAUUAAACUCAUCUUGGACACGAGAAGAGUUGCUAAUGAAGAAGCAGCAGCCCAAGAAUAUGAGGAUGUGAUGCCCAACAUGGAGACGCCUCGCAGACCGCCAAAUGGGCGCAAGGUUCUUGACAUUGAGGUCUACUCGAGCCGGUCCAAAGUCUAUGUUGCAGUGGAUGGCACUACUGUAUUGGAGGAUGAUAUGCGGGAGCAAGGAAGAGGCAUCCAUGUGAUUGUUCUCAACCAAGCAACUGGUCAUGUGAUGGCCAAAAGAAUUUUUGACACCUACUCACCCCAUGAGGAUGAAGCCAUGAUCCUCUUCCUCAACAUGGUGACCCGAGGUCGAGUUCUUAUCUUCACCAUUAAGGACGAGGGCACGUUCCAUCUCAAGGAUGCUGCCAAAAACUUGCUCAAAAGUCUGGGUAGCCAGGUGUCUCUCAUUCUGAGCUGGAGGGACAUGUGGACUCUUGUGGUGAAGAAAGGAGGACAAUUAUAUGGUGAAAAACAUUCAAAAUCUCCUGCUCUUUCCACCUGGGGUGAUCCGGUUCUUCUUAAAACAGAAGUGCAACUCACUGCCUCUGAAGAGGCAGAGUGCCACUGGGCAGACACAGAGUGGAACAGGCGCAGGAAAGUGUUCUGCAGCAAAGUGGAAGGAUAUGGCAGCAUCUGCAGCUGCAAAGAUCCAGCACCCAUUGAAUUCAACCCAGAACCUCUGCCGAAUAAUAGCGUCUUCAAUGUGCCUGUAGCUGUCAUUGCAGGGAACAGACCUAACUAUCUCUAUCGGAUGCUCAGGUCGCUUCUUUCAGCUCAUGGUGUUAACCCACAGAUGGUCACAGUCUUCAUUGAUGGAUAUUAUGAGGUACUGUAAUCUGACUGUUGUUUCGU